AUGGCCAAGUAUGCUGCGAAAGGAGAACCCCGAUCGAAAUCAGCAUCAGAAAUACUAAAAUUGUCUGUGUCCUCAUUACAGAAUGAUGAUCAAGUCUCUUCGGCCUUCAAGAAAGCAAUGAUCCAAGUUGCUGGGGAUAGAGAUAUGGCAGCACAAGAAACUGCGCACAUGCUACUUAGUCUACCACUGAUUGGCUGCACAUUUAGUUUUGUUACUAUUUCUUUAGAUAACAGCAGGAAGGUUAAUAUUGAUGCAGAAAAUGAAGGCGAUGAGGUACUUCAAAAAUCUGCGCUACAAGAAUAUGCAGAACGUACAAAAUUGAAGAGUAGGUAUACAGGCUUGUCUCAGCUAAAUCUGAUGCAAUAUGUGUCAGAGUACACGAAAGUCCGAGGUGAGUUGUCAAAACGAGCGAAUCCGUACAUUGUCAGGACAUUUCCAAAGAUUUCCGCUAAUCCUGCUGGUCCUGAUUUUGGUAAAUACUGCAAAUAUCAACUAAUAAAGUUUAAACCAUGGGAGGGUCAACCAUCAAAUGCUUGGAACAACGAGGAUGAAAGUGAUCAAAUGUUUAUUAAUGCAUAUGAAUUUUUUCUUAUGACAGAUGAAUUUGCGGAAGAAAAUGUGUUUAGGUAUUCCGAUGAAACAGACAGAGUUCAUGAUGCGCAAUGUGGUCAAACCUUUGAAAACGAUCCAAGUGACAAUCAAGAUGAUGACGACGAAAGUGAAGUUGACCCUGAUGAUGAGGAGGAAGUCGAUGAUUGGAUGUUGUUAUGCAAAAUUAACAAAGAUUAUGGUGAAGCAGGGAAUCGGAUGUCAGACAAUGAAGCAGUGGACUGGUUUGAAACGGUAAGAGCUGUGCCUAGAGAUUUGUUAAAGGAAUCUCCAGGAUGGAUUUAUAGUCAAAGAAAGGAGGCUGAAGAACAUGGUCAGCAUUUUCGAGAAGAUGAUCAACAAUGUGUAAUUGAUCCGGAGACCUUGAAUGAAAAACAACGCCUUGCUUAUGACAUCAUCACAUCUCAGAAUGGUGAUAAUGCCAAGCCUGUUUAUAUGAUUGUGUGUGGAACAGCUGGCACAGGUAAGACAUACUUAAUAAGUGCAACAAAACAAGUAUUAGCCACUCAGUGUGUUGUUACAGCAACUACUGGGAUUGCAGCCUUUAGUAUUAAUGGUCAAACAUUACAUUCUGCUGCUCAACUUCCUAUCCGUGAAUGUAGGGAUUUGCAGGGUGAUUCACUACAGCGGUUACAGCUGAGGCUGGAAGGUAAAAGAUUUCUGAUUAUUGAUGAAAUGUCAAUGAUUGGACAUAAAAUGCUAUCAUGGCUUGACAAUAGAUUACGUGCUGGUACUGGAAAGGAAGAUAUCCCUUUUGGUGGUAUGUCAAUAAUUCUAAUGGGGGAUUUUGGUCAAUUACCUCCUGUUGGUGAUAAGCCAAUGUAUGUUUCAGGUAAUGGUACUGUAGUAAGUGACCAUGGACAUAGUUUGUAUCUGAUGUUUGAGUCUGUCAUUAUUUUAGAUCAAGUUAUGCGUCAGGCUGGUGAGGACCCUGAGGCAGUUGCUUUUAGAGCCUUGCUGAUGAGAAUGCGAAAUGGAGAAGUGACAGGGGAGGACUGGAAACUAUUAUUGGAGCAUUCAACAACAAGUGUACCAAUGGAUCAAUUUACUGAUGCCAUCCGAUUGUACUUUGACAAGAAAAGUGUUGCUGAAUACAAUUACGAGAAGCUAUUGCAGCUUGGACAACCUGUUGCUAAAAUUCAGGCAAAGCAUUCUGGUCAUGGUGCCAGUGCGGCAACAUCGGACGAAGCUGGUGGAUUGGAUGCUGUUCUGUUUUUAUCCACAAAAGCAGAAGUAAUGCUCACUUGCAACCUGUGGGCUGAAGUUGGUCUCUGCAAUGGAUCAUUUGGCACUAUUGAGCAGAUUUGGUUUGCAGAGAAUAUGGGUCCACCAAACCUGCCAAUAGCAGUAUUGGUACACUUCCAUAGUUACACUGGUCCUGCAUUCCUAGAUGCAUGUUCUAAAUGUAUACCUGUGCCACCCAAAGUGUUUGAAUGGGUGGCUGAUGGAAAGUAUCUGUCAAGGCAACAAGUGCCUUUGCGGUUGAGGUAUGCAAUGACUAUUCAUAAGUCACAAGGACAGACACUAACAAAAGCUGUUGUUGAUUUAGGUAAAGGAGAAAAAGUUGCUGGAUGCACAUUUGUAGCUACAGCACGGGUGAGAUCGAUUCAUGAUAUUGUAUUUGAACCUAUGACAUUUGAUCGCCUGAAAGCAAUUGGUAGGAGUAAAAAUAUGCAAAAACGACUCGAAGCUGAACGGCGACUUAAAGUGCUUGCAGAGAAAACUGUCCAAACAUAUAAUAGGUCAUGAGUUGUCAUAUUAAAUUGAAGAGUUGUGGUGUUCAAGCACCAGCAUAGUAUACUGGGCACAUAUACUGUGCUUUCGAGGUUAUUUCUCCUGUUACUAGGCACAAUUUUAAAGGUGUAGUCUAUGCCUCUAUUAUUGUGUUUUUGAGGAAGGCAUUCAGGGAGUUUGUCAUUGCCUGUUACCUAGACAUAAUGUAUUAUGUUUUUGAGGUUGGCUGCAUGUUGACAUACCUGUGCUUAAUAUUAAAUAGUAUUAUUACGUAUAUAUACUAUAAAUUUAAAACUUUGUCUUUUUCUUCUACAUAAUAUUUUAUAUCUCUAGAAAUUGAACCAAAUUCAUAUAAAGGUAAGAUUUUUCUCCUGUUUUAAGUAACUAUUCUAUUGAUAAAACAGUUCCCUUCAGAUCAAGACUACAGGGACCGGUUGUACGAAGCCUAUUAAACGAUAACCUGAGUAUCAGGCUCUAUUUUACAAAUAGAGCCUGACACAAAACUUAACCUGAUCGCUUUCCGCCCACAGCAAAGUUUAUAUUUAGUAUCCAAUCAAAAUGUCGCAAGAGAAAUUUAAAUUUCACACAACGACAACAACAAUCUUAUUAUAGCAUAGGCGCUCACUAAACGGCUGAAUUUAAAUUAAAACUGCAAUGAACUUAUAAAAUUAACAAAAAUAAUCACAAAUUAGCGAAAUAUAUUGCAAAUGUAGCUUAUAUUAAAUCGCCACCCGAUUGCUCUCUCCUCCGCAGAGCCAGAGGUUUCAGUGACUACAAUGAGCUUUACAUGGCGCUUGCCGUAUUUAUCAACAAACUGACGUAUAAUUAUAAAGUAUACUUUAUAACUAUACGUCAGUCGAUAGUGCAAUCUGAUGGCGAUUUAAUAUAAGCUACAUUUGCAAUAUAUUUCGCUAAUUUGCGAUUAUUUUCUAAUUUUACUGCAGUUUUAAUUUAAAUUCAGCCGUUUCGUGGGCCGGCUAUAAUUGUAGUUGUGAAUUGUGAUCGUUAUAAAAUAUAUCAACAACAAUAGUAUAAUCUAAUUAGCACCAGCCAAUCAAAUGAUAGAUUUAAAAAUCGUUUGUCUAAUCGGCCAAUAAGCGCUCAGUCCAGAUUCUGGACUGAACAACCAGGCAAAAUGCCACUUUUGUGUCAGGCCGUACUUUUCUCCCCUUCGCCCACGAUCAGGCGUGCCUGUGCCCUAAAAAGUACGGCCUGAUACUCAGGUUAAUUAAACGAAGGCCGGAUAGCGCUAUCCACCGGAUAGUGGUUAUUCAAGCUUUGUUAAAUCAGUCGUUGAUUGAUAUAACUCGUAUUAAAGUUUAGUAUUUAUAAAUUAAAUGUUUUUCAUACUUCUUCUCACUUGUGUGUCGUCUCUAUCCAUAGUUUCACAGUUUUUCAAGCAUUUUAUAAAGUUUGAAAAAAUCACUAUCCGGUGGAUAGCCCUAUAUCUGACCUUCGUACAACGGAACUCAGGGGCCGGUUGUUCAACGGUGGGUUAGCGCUAACCCUGGGUUAAAAUUUAACCUUCUGUUUUAGUUUAUGUAUUUCUGCACGCAUGUUUAUUUCAAAACUUCAGAGAAGUAAACUCCUUAGAUCCAGACAAGAUAUCUGGAAAAAUAUUUCCAAAUUUCCAUAGAUAAGCUGUGAGGAAGUUUGCUUUGAAUUUUAGGUUAAGCUGGGGUUUAAGCUAAACCAGUUUUGAACAACUGGCCCCAGAAAAGUAUUCAAGACACUCCAGAUCACUCUUCGUGGAUAUUGCGUGUGUUACUAUGGUUACCGAAAAUUCACACGCAACAUCCACGUAAAUACGAAGCGCGCGAAAUUUUGGUUUUUUGGCUUUUUUGUUAGGCAGUAACUGACAGUAAGUUUUUUUCCGAAAAAAAAACAACUUUAAAAUGUGUUAAGUUUUUUGAACAUACACUGUAUCUUUGAACGAAAAAUAAUUACACUACUAUUUGUGGAAUAUAUAUGUUUUGGGCAAAAAUAACUUCAUUUACUGAGUUUGUCACAACAAAAAAGUUUUCGUGUUUUUAACAGUUUUUUUUUGUUUUCUACAGAUAUUUCAAAUAAUUUGGCGGAAAGGUAUGACUAUAUUUUAAAAUUAUUUAUAGUAUGCUUCUUAGCUGAUGUUAAACAGCCUUUGCUUCAUGGCCAAAAACAUUCCUGUUCAAUAUAAAAGAUGGAAAUGUAUUCAAUAUUAGUUUUAAUAUGCACUGGGAGUGGAGAUGUUGUAUUUUAUUAAUGAUUUCCUUUAAUAUUUUCUUUUAUAAUUAUAGCAAAGAUUUAACAAACACAAAAGUAAGUUGCUUCAAUUUUUUGAAUGAGCGAAUAAAACCAUAUUAAAAGAGGCAUCCAGGUUGAACAUAUAGGUAUAGCUUGGACUUAUAAACUUAGCUAUUUCAUAACUAAUCCCUAUAUUAUAACUAAUCCCUAUAUUAUAACUAUUUCAUUUUAGUGGAAUUACCUGAACUGGACAACCCUGCUAUUCUUGGUAUGUACAUUGCAAUAAAUAUGUGGUAUAAUACUGUAUCUACUUUUUGGUUUUAUAUAAAGCAACAUUUGUUCUAGCUGGUUGGACCUCACAUAAAAUUAAAUGGACUUACAACUAAUAGUAAAUUGUGUGAACAGAGGCCAGUUGUCACCAAUUGUUUGGCUACAGUUGUACAGACUGAAGUAUAUUUGUGACCUUGAGGUAUAUUUUUGUGACCUCGAGGUAUAUUUUUGUGACCAAUAUUUCAGUGACCAUGCAGAGGUAAAGUUAAUUGUGACCAAUUGCUCAGCGAAAACCCUCUUGGCCAGCCACAAUGAAAUAUUUUCUCAUGUAAACAUGUUAAAAUUCAAUCCAAUUACCCAGUGAGUACCAUGCAUGUACAGUAGUUGUAGAUUGUCCUCUCCUACAGUAGCUACAUGUAAUAAAGUGUAUACUGACAAUUUCAUUUUACAGAGCAUCGUUAUAACAUUCUACGGAUUAUCAAUUUGCAAUAUCAUGCAUGUGACACAGUAACCUCAUCUUUAACCUUCUAACACAACAUCUUUUAUUUUAGACGUUCAUGUUGACGAUGGUAAGAAUUCAGUUAUAUAUUUAAAACACAAAUUCUUACAGCUACAUGUAGGUCAUUCUGUUUGAGAAAUAAUAAAAUCUGAUGUACUCAAUUGACAAGAAAGGAUUAACUUUCAAUUAUUUUCUCCAUGGUAGAGUUGUGAAUGUUUUCUACAAUAAUAUAGUAAUGAUUGAUAAUUAAGAAUAUAUUAUGUACAAUAUAUUACAGAUAGCCUGCGAACAGGCUCUCAAGCUGAAUUGAGAGCCUGCAUCGAUGACUAAUGAAUUUGAAUAUCUGCCCAGUAACGUUCGUUUUUCCAAAUAUGGAAUGUCUAUCCUUAUAUGGUGUUGUUUACAACUUUCGUGCAAACUAAAUUUAGACCAUGCAAACUAAAUUUAGACCGUACAGUUUAUACUGUUUUUUGAAAUAUAAGAUAUUGAAGCAAAAGUUGAAAUGUUUUAAAUACUGUUUUCUCAAAACAGAACAUUUCGUGCUUUGGAGAUAAGAUGGCCAAGACCAAUUUGAUCAGUUAAUGUGUUUUUUUUUAUGCAUAGUGCUAGCAGUUGACAUAUAUAGAGCUCAGCGGAAUAAUAUAAAUUAAAGCAUCUGACCAAUGACAAUUUCGCGUCACGAUUUGAGACGCAGAUAUUCAAAUUCAUUAGUCAUCGAUGCAGGCUCUCAAUUCAGCUUGAGAGCCUGUUCGCAGGCUAUAUUACAGAUUAAGUAUAUUACAGAUUUCUUAUGAAUAUUUGCAACAUUUUUUUUCUAAUUAACUAUAGAAAGUGAGGUCGAAGAGGAUGAAGGGGAAGUCCAGCCAUGUAAGUUAAUCUUAUAAAAGAAUAUGUUCAGUAUGGUUCAAUCAUACUUAUAAUUAUAUUAUUAUUACUUCUACAAUAAGGUGCAUGAUUUUAUUUCAGUGAAUGAACAACCUCGACAAGAAGAUGCAAAUGGUAUGGUUCUAAUGUUGAUAUACUUACAUACCUAUAUCUGUAAUAUGUAAUUUGGUCUAACUACAGUUAGUACUAUUUUUUUCAGUUCAAGAACGACAACAACGUCCACGGCAUGGUAAUAGUACAUUCUUUAUAAAGUUUAAUUAUACAUACCUCUCUUGUGUAAUUCAAACUAAUCAACAUUCUUUCAUUACAGUUAAUCAUGGACGACACCCACACCGUCGUGACGGUAUAGUUCUUGAAAUAGAUUUAUACACUAAGUACUGA